AUGGAUCAUAUGUUAACUCUAUCAUUUGCCCAACGUCCAGUACUUAGGCCAGACUUGUACUCUGUGGAACCAGGCUCAGAUUUAUACAAAUCAGGCUUACCCGUUCUAUCUGGUACAAUGCUUCAAUCAAUGGACAGAGGAUUGAUGGACUUGGCCUUGAAGAUUUUCGAGAUCAAUGAAAGAAGAUCGUGGAAUAAGAGUCCUUCAAACUCGAUGGAUCGACCUACUGGGCUGGGGAAGAUAUUGAAUAUAAUCUUUUCAAUGAGUCCAACUGUUUUACGAGCUGCCAUAACCUGUUCAUUGCAUAAUCUUUGGGGUGACCCUGACGCACGAUUACCACGAAAUCAUCAAGUGAAUUUAGUUGGUAGGGAUCAAGAUGCCGAACGCCCAGUCAUUUAUGCAUUGGUUCAUUGUUCUCCGACUGGUCAAGCAGCAACAAAGAUUCAGAUUCUGGAUUGUAUAUCAGAGAUGGAACAAUACAUAGGUAGAUGGUACGAAGGUUCUUUGGAAUGGGAAUCCGCCGAUACUUUAGCUUUUGAAAUUGAUCAUUUUAAGUACAAAAGCUGGGCUUCGGGUACAAGCGGCAAAUGUAACUGGAAGAAAGGUCUCCAUCCACGUAGAUUCGCUAGUACAUCGGGUGCCAGAGAGCAGAUAGGAGAAUUCUGCAGAUCUAUCCGGGCUCGACUGAAUCAUGUCCCGGAUGAUGAAGAAAGUAGGACUAGGCCAUUACCUUGGACAGUUGUAUAUGUUGGCUAUACUGGAAAAGAGGCAAAGAGAGCUUAUCAGCACGAAAGACAUGAGACUGGUGGUCCAGUAAUUCCAUACCUCUUUGAAACAAUAAUGAUGAUGAAGUUUCGAGAUUGCCAAUACUUGUUGAGAAAUAUGUCCAUCAUGAACAUUACAAGAUUAUCAGAUGUCCGUUGCGCAGAGCAUAUUGUUUCGAUCCUCGCCAGCUCUUAUAGUGAACAUGGUGGAUUGAAUGGUACUCUGGGUGGCCCUGUCGCUCUAGAAACUAGAGCAGGGAGUAUAUCGAAACAGGGCUGGCAAAAUGCCACUAGAGCCUUAGUUAAUCAAGGGGUAUUCGAAGCGAAUGAUUCUUUGGUCAAGGAACAAUUGGCGAGGAGACGUUUUUUCGAGAAAUAUGAAGAGGAGGGUUCGGAGUUGCGUACGUGGAAGAAGAAGAAUGAGGAAGUUACCAAGACAAAAGGAGAGUUGAGGGAAAUACUUGAGGUAGAACAACAUAAUGUUGCAAAUAUAGCAUAUUUACGAACCAAAGAGCUGGAGACUGAUAUUCAAAUCACACGAAAUGUUGGGCGAUUAGCGUCUCUGAUGAAUAUCAAUGAUAGAUUGGUCAAACUUCGAGAACGUGUAGCUUCGAAUGUCCCACCUCUAUCCAUGGAUAGAUCGGACAUAGAGUCCCAAGCUGACGAUGGUCUGGUGUCAUCAAGUCCCAUUCCGACAACGCAAAUGACAAGACUUUCGACAAAUGACGAUCGAACUUUAAAAUGA